UGCCACACUAGAAGAGGGAGAGGUCUGCAAGAUCGGCAUCUAAAAUGCAAGCUGUGUUUCUACCCUCUAUCCUGUUCAUGUGCCUAUGCUCUUUGGGAAAAUGUCAAAUGCAGCGUGAUGCAUGUGUCCCACUUACAAUUGAAAAUGGGUUCAUAGUGCAGCGUGAGGACAGUGUGAUGUUUUUAUGCAAUCAUGGAUUCAAACUACAUACUGGCUGCUCUAAAGGCUCAUGGUCUCUCACACCCAAAUGUAUUGCAGGAGUAGGCCUAAAUGAGUGUACAGCUCCACCAACAAUUGAAAAUGGAAUGAUUGUCUCCAAAGUACAAAACAAAUAUCCAGAUGGAUCUAAAGUGAAAUAUUCAUGUGAUGAGCUUUAUAAACUUGAUGGCAAAGACACAAUUACAUGCAGCCUGGGAAACUGGAAUGAUCCACCAUUAUGCAUCAAAUCAAGCUGUGGUAAGCCUGAUGGCGAACAUAUGGAGUUAAAUCCAGAUUUGGCUGAGUAUGAUGAUGGAAGCUCUGUGAAGUACAUAUGCAAGUCCCCAUACACUGCAAAACCAGAUCAAGAAUUGAGCUGUAUGAAUGGCCAGUGGAAUGGUAAAGUGGAAUGCAUGGUGUCUCAAGGUUCAUGUGUUCCACCUCCAGAGGAAAGUUUCAUACAAGCAAUCGACACCCAAGAGCAAGUCUAUCCUUCUGGAACCCGGGUGACUUUCCAGUGCCCAGCCUUCUAUAGUUUUCAGGAAAACCAGGAAAAAAAAACGAUACAGAAUGUAUGCCAUAAUGGACAAUGGGUCUUUCCAAUGAGAUGUUAUAAACCCUGCGUAGUGACACAAAAGGACAUGGAUGACAGAAAUAUUCAGUUUAGAUACCCGAUACAAAAUCUAAAGUAUCUCAGACAUAAUGAUCAUAUUUCAUUUGUGUGCAAAAUGUGGAUAAUGCAAAAGAGUGAUAGUUUUGACAUGCGACCGGUGUGUGUAGACGGCACAAUCAUAUUGCCUGAAUGUCAUUAAUACAACAUUGUUUUGUGACUGCUGAUUGCUAUUCUCUUCUUAUGUAGAGUUUUUUACAAACACAUCUUGUAUCAAUUAAAGACUACAUUGAUGUAACCACAUCUAA